AUGGCUGGACAAGUCUCUUUGGUUUCCAGUAACUGUCCUCCAGAACUUGAUUGGUUAUAUACAUCUAACUCUGAGGAAGCAAAAGAAUUUCGUACCUAUGUUCGAACAUAUAACAAUUGCUUUGCUUUCACAUCUUUUGGAGUCAAAUAUGACAAGGAACUAUGUCGAUUCAUUAAUGAGCUUACAUCUUCUGAUGAAAAUCUUAGUCAUCUACAGCUCUACUUUUAUGACACUGAUCAUGAAAUCCAAAAUAGAAUGAAAUCUUCAAAAAAGCUAAAUCCUGUUAUUCUUGAAAGGCUCACAAAUAUUUCACAUCUAAAUCCAUAUUCAAUCUUCUUCAGGAGAUUAGAACACAUAGAUCAUUUGAACUCUGUACAAAUUAUUAUUAAAUCUGAUGUAUCGUUAGAUCAGAGAGUCUACAAUCAACCUUCAGCCUCACAAGUCGCAGCAAUUUGGUCUGAAAAUGAUGUCUUAACCAAAGAAAUCUCAAGAGAUAUUGUUGUUCAUCAAAUUUCUGGUCAUAGUGAAAAAGUUCAAUGGUAUUUUGGAUGUUAUGACCCAUUACAAUAUCCAUUGUUAUUUCCAUAUGGUGAAUCUGGAUGGCAUUAUGGUAUUGAUAGAGUUGACAAAAAGAAGCCCAAGUGUUUUAGAAACAAAAGAAUAAGAACUACCAUUUCUUGUUGCGAAUACUACUGCUACAAGCUUCAAAUACGACCCAAUGAUUCUUCAAUCUUACUCCGCUCUGGUCGUCUCUUUCAGCAGUAUUGUGUUGGUAUGUAUGUCAAGAUUGAAACAUCUAGACUUCAGUUCUUUCGAAACAAACAAAGAGAAAUUAGGGCUGAUUUGUAUCAAGGAAUCAUAGACAGUGUCACAACAAGUGAAGCUAGAGGUUCAAAGAUUGGUCACAGGGUUAUACUACCACCGUCAUUCAUAGGUAGUCCAAAAGAUCUUAGACGUCGAUAUGUCGAUGCAAUGGCUUUGGUCCAGCGAUUUGGCAAACCUGAUAUCUUUCUUACAAUGACUUGUAAUCCAACAUGGCCAGAGAUUAAAGCUGAGUUAGGACCUAAUGAGGAAGCUCAAAAUAGACCAGAUUUAACCUCUCGUGCUUUUAGAGCAAAAAUGGAACAACUGAAGGAUGACAUCAUAAAACAUCAAAUCUUUGGGAAAGUCGUUGCAUAUGUCUAUGUCAUUGAAUUUCAAAAGAGAGGUCUUCCACAUAUGCAUCUAUUAUUAAUUCUAGCACCUGGACAAAAGCCUUUAUCUCCUGAUACUUAUGAUUCAAUCGUAUCUGCUGAACUUCCUGAUCAAAAAAAACAUCCUCAUUUGUUUUCUAUGGUGGUCAAACACAUGAUGCAUGGACCUUGUGGUGAAAUGAAUCCAAACAACAUUUGCAUGAAGAAUGGAAAAUGCAAAAAUCAUUAUCCCAAAAAUUUUGAACCUAUAACAAGAUCUUCCAAAGACUCAUACCCGAUAUACAAGCGUCGUGCUGAUGGUAAUCAAGUGAAAAUCAGAGGGCAAAUUUUGGACAACCGUUGGGUAGUUCCGUACAAUCCAUAUCUUCUUGCCAAAUAUGAUUGCCACAUUAAUGUGGAAAUUUGUUCAACAAUCAAAGCUGUCAAAUGUUUGUACAAGUAUAUUUACAAAGGCCAUGAUAAAAUUGCAUUCCAUAUUGUUCAAGAAAAUCAAUCAGAAAUCAUAGAUGAAAUCCAACAAUUUCAGUCGGCAAGAUGGAUUUCACCUCCAGAGGCAAUGUGGAGAAUUUAUGCAUUCUCUUUGAAUGACAUAUACCCAUCAGUAAUCCAUCUUCAAAUCCACCUUGAGCACCAACAAUUUGUUACUUUCAAUCCUUCAGAUGACCUAAAUUCUGUGUUAAAUGAUCUCAUCCGUUCGAAAACAAUGUUAACUGAAUUCUUUUUGAUGAACAAGUCAAAUGAAAAGGCAAAGCUUGCAAAAUAUUUAUAUAAGGAAUUCCCUGAACAUUUUGUUUGGUGGCAACAAGAUAGAAUGUGGACUGAGCAAAAAAAGGGCAAUGUUAUUGGGCGCAUUGUCACAGCACAUCCUGCACAAGGUGAAAGAUAUUACCUUCGGUUACUUCUAAACAACAUCAGAGGGCCUACAUCAUUUGAAUCCUUGAGAACCAUAAAUGGAAGAAAAGCAAAAACUUUUCGAGAAGCUGCCCUUCUCUAUGGUCUCUUACAAUCAGACAACAAUCUUGAACAAUGCUUGGAAGAAGCAAUCUCUUACCAAAUGUCUUACUCUCUAAGAAGAUUGUUUGCAACCAUUCUCAUUCAUUGUGCUCCUAAUAAUCCAAAGCAAUUAUGGGAAAAAUUCAAAGACUACAUGGCAGAGGAUUAUGCUAAAACUACAAAUCUUUCAAAACAAGAAAUUUUCAAAAAAGUUCUACAAAGCAUAAAUUCAACUCUUCAAUCAAUGGGCAAAGAUAUCAAAGAUUUCAAUAUUUGCUCUAAUAACGUGCUCUCAUCUGAUAAUCAAGAUACCUGUCGCGAAAUUGAAGAAGAAAUGAAUAUUGUUGUUUCUGAAGUUGAUUACCAAUCUAUUUCUCUAUUAUCCUUGGAACAAAAAGCAGCAUUUGAAAAAAUCUUAAAUAGGGUCUUCUCAAGAAAGCAAGGGUGUUUUUUCAUAGAUGGUCCUGGAGACACUGGUAAAACCUUUUUAUACAAGGCAUUGUUGGCAGCAAUUAGAUCCAAGAAUUACAUUGCUCUUGCAACAGCAACAUCUGGAGUAGCAGCCUCUAUUCUCCCAGGAGGCCGCACGGCCCAUUCUCAUUUCAAAAUACCUAUAGAUGUUGAUACAUAUAAAUCUUGCAACAUAGGUAAACAAACUGGGCUUGCAAAUCUUUUGAGAACUGCAGAACUAAUCAUUUGGGAUGAGGCACCCAUGGCCAAGAGACAAAACAUUGAGGCAUUGAAUGAUAUGCUGAAGGAUAUCAAUGAGUCAGAGUUACUCUUUGGAGGCAAAGUUGUAGUUUUGGGUGGUGAUUUUCGACAAAUACCACCAGUCAUUCCCAAAGGAACAAAAUAUGAUUCAAUUGAUGCUAGCUUGGUCAAUUCAGAAUUAUGGAAAUCUAUUGAGAAAAUAAAGUUGACUGAAAAUAUGCGAGUAAGGCAUGAUCCUUCCUUCAGCAAUUACUUAUUACGCAUUGGCAAUGGAUCUGAAUCAGUCAAUGAUCAAAACAGAGUCAAAAUACCAACAUCUAUGAUAAUUUCUAACAAUUUUUCAAAUGCUGAAAAUUCUAUCAAAGACUUGAUUCAAACUGUCUUUCCAAAUCUCAAGAACUACUCAAAAGAUCCAAUUUCAAUGAUUAAUUUUGUUGUGCUCACUCCAAAAAAUGAUUGUGGUACACAAGUUCAAGCUAUACUUUAUGAAGAUCAAAUAGAACAGUUCCAAGAUACCUUCAAAGUUUUUAACUCAUACUAUGUCUCAAAUGCUGCUGUGAAGUUGCUACAAGAAAAAUACCAUAUUCUUGCAGCAGUUGUUCAAAUUAAGCCACCAAAAACAAUCACAAUAGAAAAUGGAACCACAACUGCACAAGAAAUUGUUAAUGCCAAUAGUUUUAACUUUGUGGGAUCAGUUUGUCACUAA